AUGCGGUCAAAAAUCGCCGACAACAAGGUGAAAAAGCGAAACCGCGAGCUAUACCGGCGGCUAAUGGUAUCGAAAGCCCCGACACCUGCGCCACCACUAGUGGACAGCACAUCAUAUAAGCGCCACAAUCACUACGGCUCGACCGGGGAGUCGCUGAGCGGCGACUCGUCGUCGUUCAGCGACACGUCUAAUGGCAAACACAUGGGCUCCUCAUCGGACAGCUCGGUGUCCGACGACAACAACAACGACGACGACAAACCCGGCGGCGAUGAGCGACAACUCGUGGCCGCCGUUGACUACGCCAGGGGUCGCCGGCGGGCGAAACUCAACGCCCAAAUCGCCAACAUUUACGACACGUAUGGCAACGAAAAGCGCAAUGAGUUUCGCGAGUCGGUCGCGGGUAUUGUCAGACACUGUGCUGACUAUAAUAAGUCGUUCAAUACGUACGAGUGCGACAAACUCAGCGAGAUGUUUAAGGCUAUCAACUUUAUUCGGGAGCCUCCGUUGCCCGAGAGUCCCCGCGUGUCCGAUAUGGUCAAUUUUAAAGUGGCCAUGGUCUAUAAGCUCGAGAAAGAGAUACGUAACUUUAUUAGUGUAGCGCAAAAUGUGGCCGAGUUUGAGUGCCUGUGCGAGAAUGAUCGUAUCGCCCUGGUCAAAUAUGGCUCCGUCGAGAUUAUUUGCAUGCGUUUAAUACAGUUUUAUAAUACGGAGGCCCAGUCCUGGACUAUUAAGAUGGGCACAGAUAAUUGGAUCUUAUCCAAAGUGGACAUGUUCAAACACGAAGCCAUGAAAGUGAUCUUUGGCAAUUGUUUUAAAAAAAUAAGCGAUGAAUGGGAUAGCGAUCCCUAUAUACUUGAUUUGAUGACAAUUAUCCUACUCUUUGAUCCGAACCGUCCGAACCUUUUGCACCGGGAGGUUGUCAAGUAA